AUGGCGUCGACAUCAGAAGCAGCAGCGAACCCGCUACUAGCAGGUCUCAAUGCAAUCUCGAAUGGCAACUCUCCGGCCAGCGCACGAUAUGCAGAUAUCGGCAUCAACCUGUCUGAUCCAAUCUUCCGCGGCACAUAUCAUGGCAAGAAAGCACACGAUGAUGAUCUACAGCAAGUGGUCCAACGAGCACUGGAGGCAGGAGUGCGAAAGAUGAUGGUUACAGGCUCGGAUCUGAUGGAGAGCAAGAAUGCUAUCAAGUUGGCGGAGGAGCUUCCUGGGCUCUGCUAUGCGACCGUAGGAGUGCACCCAUGCUCGGCCAUGUCGUUCUCCAAGCAUGAAGCCGGGCCAGAUGCACUGCUAUCAGAUUUGAGUAAGCUUGCACGGGAUUCAAGAGACUCGGGAAAGGCCAUGGCAUUUGGGGAGAUAGGCCUGGACUAUGACCGUCUACACUACUGCGACAAGGAGACCCAACUCAUCUACUUCGCUAAGCAACUCGACCUCGCUAUAGACCUUCAGAUGCCACUCUUCUUACACUCCCGAGCAGCAGCUACAGACUUUGAACGUCUUCUCAGGGAGAGAUUGGACAAGCUACCAAAGCGCGGCUGUGUACACUCCUUCACUGGCACACUAGAAGAAAUGCAAGCUUUGGUAGCUAUGGGCUUCGACAUUGGUGUUAAUGGCUGCAGUAUGAAGACCGAGGACAAUUUGGCCGUAGUCAAGGAAGUGCCGCUCGAGCGGUUACAAAUCGAGACAGAUGGGCCGUGGUGCGAUAUGCGACCUAGUCACGCGAGUGCGAAGUUUCUGCAGGACGGGCCUGAGAUGCCGAAGGCGGUCAAGAAGGAGAAGUGGAGUAAGGAUGAAAUGGUGAAAGGGAGGAACGAGCCUUGUGCUAUCACGCUCGUGGCACAUGCGGUGGCGGGUAUUAAAGGUGUGAGUGUGGAGAAGGUUCGUGAGCAAGCUUGGCGCAACUCAAUACGGAUGUUCGGCCUGGGUGAAGCGCCUCCUUAG